AUGCACUGCUUCACAUGGACGAUUCUGGCUGGCCUUUUGGCCCUAAGUUCGGCUGUUGGAUUGCCUCAAAGGCCGAGUGGUGGCUACCAGGAGCAGGACACGGCUAGAGCCUUUUAUUCCUACGGCUACAGUGACGACAAUGCGGCCCGGGCUGAGUACUCCUCCAGAGAUGGCACCUCUCGGGGCUUCUACUCCUAUGUGGAUGCCGAGGGAAAACUCCAGACAGUUCGUUAUGAGGCCAAUGGCGCGCAGGGCUUCAAGGCUGAGGCAAGUAACCAACCCCAAGCUCCCGUGGACGAGGGAAAGGCUCCGCUGCCAGUUUCCGAUACGGAGGAAGUGCAGCAGGCUCGUCUGUCCCACCUGAAUGCUUUGAGGGAGGCCAGGGAGAAGGCUUUGGCCGCCAGCUUGCGUGAGGAGGCGGACAGAAGACAGCAGCAGGAACAGAACAGGAACAACGACGGGGACCAGCAGUCGGGGGAGCAAAAUAUAAGCGAUGAGGACGCGGCAAUCCUGGAGAGAGUUCGAGCCGAGCUGUCAGCCAUGCUGGCCGAUCGUCAGCGAUCGAGCAGUCUGCAAAGGAACCGGGAAGAUGAGGAACUACGACGAGACCAGAAUAUCCGACAGGAGCUACGACAGGAACUAAGACAAGAUCUGAGACAAGAACAGAGACAGGAACUGAGGCAAGAUCAGCGGGAAGAUCGACGACAAGAUCAGCGAGUGGAUCGGCGUCCAGUUCAAAGAGAGGAUCUUCGACAAGAUCAACGAGAAGAGCGACGACAGGAUCAGCGAGAGGAUCGUCGUCAGGAUCAGCGAGAGGAUCGUCGACAGGAUCAGCGAGAAGAGCGACGACAAGAUCAGCGAGAGGAUCGACGACAAGAUCAACGAGAAGAGCGGAGGCAAGAUCAGCGAGACGAACGACGACAGGAUCAGCGAGAGGAGCUAGAGUCCCGCCUAGCUGAGCGUCAAAAUGAACGUCAGGAUCAGUCCUCCCUCCGAGAAGAAGCCCUACGAGAACUGAACAACAACCGCGAUAACGAUCGUCAAAACUCGCAGCUUCUUCAACUCCCGGUAUCCACCGAUCGCGAUGCCAGUGAUUUGCGCCUGCGCACCAUCUACUCCUUGGCCGAUCUCAGCUCCAGGAGCUAUUUGAAACUGGGCGACUUGGCCAGUACCGAGAAACUGCUCGAGGAUCGUUUGGACAACAGUGAUGUCCGCGUUCCGAUCAGUGCCUACUACACCCUGGUCUCGCCAAACACCAAGUACAGUGUGACCACGCCCACGGAGCUGAGAACCCUGCGCCCAGUGGCCCUCAGUCGCAGUUUGUUGGUGAGCAAACGCAACUGA